AUGCCAGACAACAGAGCUUUAUUCUUCAGCAGCGUGCCCUCAGGGCUACCUGUUGUAGGCAAGGAUCUUACCCUCGAGUCUGUUCCAUACCCCGAGGAAGUUUCCGAGAAUGGCAUCAUCGUGAAGAAUGUAUACGCCAGUCUCGACCCGUAUAUGCGAGGUCGGAUGCGCGCCCCCGAAGUCAAAUCAUACGCUACCCCCUUUGAGCUACACAAACCCAUCUUCAAUCGCCAAAUCGCCCAAGUCACAAAAUCUAACAAUGCAAACUUCAAAGAAGGGGAUCUCGUAAUCGGCAUGCUCCCAUUCCAGGAAUACGUCGCCCUGAACGGCGAUCAAGUCGCUGAGUUGCAGCCCCUUCAGAACCCAUUGGGCCUUGAGGAUAUUCGUGACUUCCUCGGUGCUCUGGGUAUGCCGGGUCUUACUGCAUAUUCAUCUUUGUAUGAGAUCGGCAAGCCCAAAAAGGGAGAUACGAUCUUUGUAUCAGCAGCCAGUGGUGCCGUUGGACAGUUGGUAGGUCAACUCGCCAAACACGAGGGUCUCAAAGUCAUUGGUAGCGUCGGCUCGGAUGAGAAGUUGGAGUUCAUCCUCAAGGACUUGGGCUUUGAUGCUGGAUUCAAUUACAAGAAAGAAAGUCCUGCGCAAGCCCUGCAGCGAUUAGCGCCUGAAGGGUUAGAUAUUUACUACGAUAAUGUUGGUGGGGAUCAUCUUGAGGCCUCUCUGGACGCGAUGAAAGAUUACGGACGAGUGAUUCUCUGCGGUCUGAUUGCGGUAUAUAACCAGAAGCCCGAAGAGAUAUAUCCGUUGGGCAACUAUGGGCAGAUCCUGUGGAAGAGGUUGACUGUCCGUGGUUUCUUGGUUGGCGAUAAGGGAAUGGGCGAUAAAUAUGAUGAUGAGCAUCAAAAGCGUGUCUCGAAAUGGAUCCAGGAGGGUAUUUUUAAGGCAGUGAAUUGGGAGGUUGAGGGCAUUGAGCAGGCUGCUGAUGGAUUGUUAGCUCUUUUCAGCGGGCGUAAUUUUGGUAAGGCUGUGUUGAAGUAUUAG